AUGUGGAAUAGCGGAUUCAAAAGCUUUGGCAGCUCCAGCUAUGGCAGAGCAGGCGGCUACAUGCAGUCCCGUGGAGGCUUUGGCUUGCCCACCCCUUCACAGGCUGAGAAGAAAUAGCACAUUGUGCCCUGUACCAUAUCUCAGCUGCUUUGUGCUACUCUGACUGACGAAGUGUUCAAAAUUAGGAAUGUUGAGAUUUCACAGGUCACUAUUGUGGGAAUAAUCAGACAUGCAGAGAAGGCUCCGACCAAUAUUGUUUAUAGAAUAGAUGAUAUGACUGCUGCACCCAUGGAUGACCAGUGGGUUGACACAGAUGAUGCCAGUGGUGAAAACACUUUGGUUCCUCCGGAAACAUACGUGAAAGUGGCUGGCCACCUCAGGUCUUUCCAGAACAAGAAGAGCUUGGUAGCCUUUAAGAUCAUUCCCCUGGAAGAUAUGAAUGAGUUCACUGCACAUAUUUUGGAGGUGAUCAAUUCACACAUGAUGCUCAGCAAAUCCAACAACCAGCUUUCAGCAGGGAAACCAUCUAUCAGCAACCCAGGAAUGGGUCAGUCAGGAAACUUCAGUGGGAAUAACUUCAUGCCAGCAAAUGGCCUCACUGUGAUCCAAAACCAGGUGCUGAAUUUGAUCAAGGCUUGCCCAAGACCAGAAGGAUUGAACUUUCAGGAUCUCAGGAACCAGCUCCAACACAUGCCUGUACCCUCAAUCAAGCAAGCAGUGGAUUUUAUGUGCAAUGAGGGGCACAUUUAUUCUACUGUGGAUGAUGAUCACUUUAAAUCUACAGAUGCAGAAUAACUAGGCUUAUUAGGUAUCUGAAAUAUUUCCUGUUUUUCCAUCAUCUGUUGUCUCCAGCUCUGUAGGUUUUGGCCAGUGGCUUCUAGGACAGAAGUUUCAUUGAGGAGGUCUCAUCUUAUGUCCUCUUGAAACUUACUGCUGUUCUGUUUUGUUGUUUGUUGUUUAGAGGCUCAAAAAGGGAUAGACAGUUG